AUGCCGAGCAAAAUUAAAACAACCAAAAUACUUUCAUAUGAGUGUUGCAUAUGCGACGUUCCUACUAAAUGUUCAUAUUUAGGUGUUAUUUCAUGUCAUGCAUGUAAAAUGUUCUUUAAACGAAAUGCUAAGAUUGGAUCGGAAGCAUCUAUAUGUGAUUUUGAUGGUCUAUGUGAAAUUAAUAUAAAUACUCGUCAUGUUUGUCCAGCAUGUCGACUUACUAAAUGUUUUCAAUGUGGAAUGACUACUGAUAAACUUCAAUUACCAAGAUACAAUAAACCAAAAACAAACGCUUUAGUUAAAAAACAAGUACGAUAUCAACCAACGAAGCUUCCAACCUUGAAUCUUUUAUCAUCAGAUCAAUCAUUAUUAACUACUGAUCAAUGGACACUUCUCAGAAAUUUAUUCAAUUGUUAUCAAGAGUCUCACAUUUUACCGUUCAGUCAACGUUUGAUAGAUGCACACGAUGUUGCACAAUCUAAUUAUAUGAUUUACCCAAUACUUGUAGAUGAAUUCUUAGCAUCUAUUUACAAAACAGCAGAGAUGUAUCUUUGUUCCAAUGAUGAUCUUCGUAAAUUAUCAUCUGAUAAUCGUUAUAUAAUACUUCAUAGUGCUGCUCACAAUGUGUGCUGCAUGGGUGCUGCAUUUAUUGUGGUACAUUGUCGAUUAAAUCUUCUCGAUUCUUUCUUGAACGCAUUAACCAUAAAGUUUGGAAAACCUGCAGUAGAUAUUCAUGCUUGGGCAAAGAAAUUCAUUGAUCCAGAUAUUGUAUUGGUUAAACUGUCAAUUUCACUGUUUGCUUUUUCUGAAAAUACUGGUUGUUAUUAUUCAAAUACCUCAAACGAGUUAACAAAUUCUAUUGAUAUUUUAGAGAUUCAAAAUAAGUAUGCAGAAAUAGCAUGGAAAUAUCUUCUCUACAAAUAUAGUUACUACGAUGCUGUGAAACGAUUUCUUAAUAUAACUCUUUGGCUUUCGUCUAUGACUAUUUUUGCAGUUCAUGGUCAAUCUCUGCCAUUAUAUGUUAAUAAUAUUGAUGCAAUUAUUGAACACACUGAAAUGACACUAAUAUUAGAUGAAGUUGAUCAAAUAAUUGAAACAAAUCAGUAG